AAGGAAUGGGAAGCCUUGAAACCGCCGAGUUCCAUGUUUGUAUCUUGAAAUUGAGAGCGGAGUUGAACUCCAUGUUGAAACAAAGUUACCAACUGUCUUUUAAAUGUAUAUAACUUUUAUUUGUAGCUUUUAUACCGAUCUGGUACUUCAUUGAAUAGCCAAGAAAUGUAAUCGUUUGGAUGCGUAAUGUAUUUAAAUAGUGUUUGCGGUUAUGUAACUUUGUGCACAUUUAUAAUUUAAUGUUCCUAGUCAGCGAACAAUCUAAAACGGCACAAACGGUUUAGUUUCUGUUGUGGAUAAAGUCUGGUGUAAUGGACCCCCAGUCCUCAAUAAUCACGCAAGUUAGUCGCGAUGAAGAGUCGAUUAGAGAGAAGGGUCCCCCACCCUCGUCGUCUAAGAAGCCCAGGAGUCGAGGCCUGUUCCACAGCCUCUUCUGCUGCCUGUGUCAUGAUGAGGCUGAGCCCCCGCCGGUCAACAACAACGCCCCGCUGCUGGUGGAGGAGAAUGGGACUGUCUCCAAGGUCCAAGUCAGACCGCUGCUGCCUCAGGCCAAGUCAAAAGACGCAGGGAAGAUCUGUGUUGUCAUAGACCUGGAUGAAACACUGGUCCACAGCUCAUUCAAGCCGGUGAACAACGCAGAUUUUAUCAUUCCGGUAGAGAUUGAUGGAACUGUUCAUCAGGUAUAUGUGUUGAAGCGACCUCACGUGGAUGAGUUCCUUAAGAGGAUGGGAGAGCUGUUUGAAUGUAUUCUGUUCACGGCUAGCCUGGCUAAGUAUGCUGACCCAGUGUCAGACCUGCUGGAUAAGUGGGGUGCGUUCCGCGGCCGUCUGUUCCGUGAGUCGUGUGUGUUCCACCGGGGGAACUACGUAAAGGACCUGAGUCGUCUGGGCAGGGACCUGAACAAGGUCAUCAUCAUAGACAACUCCCCAGCCUCCUACGUCUUCCACCCAGACAACGCUGUGCCUGUGGCGUCGUGGUUCGAUGACAUGGCCGACACAGAGCUGCUGGAUCUAAUCCCCUUCUUUGAGGGGCUCAGUAAAGUGGAGGACGUCUACACAGUGCUCAGGCAACAGAAGGACUCCAGCUAGCAGUGCUGUCAGUCACCCUACCCCUCUUCUACCGCCAUCUACAGGACAGACAGAGAACCGCAGGCUUAAAGCGUCUUCACACCAACCUUACACCCCCUCAGCCAACCGUCCACCACAUCAACCACAAGCCUCUUCACCUCCCAGCCCAACCCUCUUCUUCAACCUUCCAGAACCAUGCUAGUACUGCCCUCUAUAGGGAAAACGGAGGACUUGACCCUCCAAAACACAAUCUACCAUCCCUCAACCACAGAUGGGCUUGUGUAGAUUGAUGUUGUGGGUUAUAAUGAGUUAAGUUUUUAUACAGUGCCUUUCAUCAAAUCUCAUUGGAACUUACAGGACAGUCAAGUAGAGGGAAUCUACAGCGUUCUUCAGAAUGAAGAAAAUACAUGUAGCAGGAAGGUAAGGGUAGCGGAACCCCCAGGAUCCAAUCAGAAUCAGUUCUACAACGUGGGGUUGGAGUCAAUGACUUCAAGUUUCAGGAAGACCGAACAGUUCUGGAAUUCCGUAUGGAAAAGUAAAUGAUAGCUGUAUGAAUGGAUAUUUACUACUUUUAACACUUGUUUUUAAUUUUAUUCACUUAUUUCCUCAGAGACAAUUUAACAAUGUUUUUAAUAGGCAAAGCAUUGGCUUUGUGUAAGUCAAUUGGUUUUACUUCUUACAUCGCUCAGCUAGUAUCAUAAUGACAAUACUUGUUAAGGGGGACAGAAUCAUCGAGAAUUACAUUACCCAGUUACUGCAUCUAUGAAAACGUUCCAUGUCCUCUAAUCAUAUUUGUUUGUUUAAUUUAGUUUUUUAUUAAAACCAUAGGAAUAUGUGCGAAAAUGUGCCAGAUAACAUUUAAACGGGGUAAUGGACUCGUUUCAUAACAAGACCGUAGUGGGAUGACUGAACUGCACCUUCAAUUACAAUAUAAUCUUUUAGGAUUUUUCGGAUUACAAUGUCUCCGGACUAUGGACCUCAACCCAGACAGACUAAAUGUUCCAGCUCCGACACGUGGACACACUGCCAGUACCAGUCAAUGACAUGGAAAACCAUUUGGUAUUCUGCAAGAGGACCUGGAUAUACUGUUUCAAUGUAUUUAUAUCAGUGUAUUGGAAAAACAAAUUUGAAUUUAGUCCAAGCAAACUGUUGGUUGUCCCUUUGCUGUCAUAACAAUGCUACAUCCAUGGAGGAGGGCUGGGUGAUUUAUAUUGUGAAUACCGAUAUGGAUCCACAUACCGAUAUGGAUUUUUACAAUACCGUCUAUAACAGUGUUUUGAUACAGUGCUAAAUUAAAUGAAAGGUUCUACAAAUUGGACUACUUCACUGUCAGUUUUGUCCUAGUUUGGUUGAGUAUAUAACCAUUAGAAUGGAGAAAGCCCAUUAAAAUCACUAAGAAUUCAUUUGUUGCCAUUCUAGGGUCAUGCACUAUUCAUAAAACAUAUUUAGAAAAAAUAAAUACAUUAUAUUUUGGUUAUAACGCCCAGCCCUACCAUGGAGGUGCGUGUGUAUGUGUUGGCGAUCUGGUUUUGACAAGCACACUUCUCCCUCCUAAAUGUUUUAUCGGAAACAGUACUUGAAUACUUUCCCUUUUUGAUGACAUAUUUUUAAAGGACUGCAAAUACUAUGCUUUUUAGACUGUAGGGUUGGGGUAGUUUGGUUUUUAAACUUCAUAAGCUUUUGAUACAAGGUAGGACUAUAUUAAUCGGUACUUACCUGGGUUUGGAACAAUACAAUAAUUGUUAUUUGUAAGUUAAAAACUAAGAGAUGGUCUAUCAGGAAGUGAAUAGGAAGAACAAGGUGCAUUGUAAUGGAUUGAUUCAUAUUGUUUGAUACUGUUUUAUGAAUGCAUGGGGGGAAAAGACACUGUGUUGGAGUUGACUAAAUGCCUACUAAAAUACCUUGUGAAAUAAGAUGAUUCAGAGUUUAAAUAACCAGUAGACCCAUGAUAACAGUCAAUCUAUCAGUAUUAAGAGUGCCUGUGUCAAUCAAGUUCGAUACAUUUGAAAUCAGUUUUUGAUUUUUAUUCAUCUUUUUCCUUUGGCAGGUGGGUUGGCCUUUUGUUAGUGUUAUCCAAAGGAGGAACAGAAAUCACUGUAGUACAAAUCCAGAAUGUUACAGGUGCUCUCUUUAACAAUGCAUUAAUGGCUAAGGAAUACCAGAAAAUACCUUUUUAGAUUUGGCAUCUUUACUGUACACACACACACCCAAUAGGAACUGGGCGAAUCCUGGUUUGAAAUACAAGCCACCCCCAGACAUCUAGAUAACAUGACCUUUAGAUAUGAUUUACACACAUUAUAAAGGAUUUUUUGUGUAUCUCAAGGCAUGAUUUCUGUCAUAAAAACUCAGUAGGGAUAUUUACUGCAACCGCCGUAGAUCAAGUCCCUUUCAACAGCUGUGGGGCUAUUUCCUAGUCAUUCACAGUGCUUUGGAAAAGAGAGCUUUCUAUCUCCAUGGGGACCUUUACCUAUUACUGUACCUCUUUUUCCUGUAUUGAAACACAUGAAAUAAUAUAUGCAUAUAUUAUACACAUAUAUGUAUAUUUUGUUUUGCACUGUAAUAAAGCAAACAAAAAUGAAAUUAA